CGUUUACGCGCACACGCUGCUUUGUGACGGAUGACGUCCCGUCGACGUGUGUCCUAUAAGAAUUUUAUGUGCAUGUGUGUGUAAAUGUGCGUUUGUGUAUGUGUAUAUGUGUAUGUGUGCUCGCAAUUCCGUAUCCUUGAGUUUUCGCAAAAAUCUUGAACAUGCGUCUCGAGAUAAAGAAAGAUUGAGGAAACGUGUUGCUUUUUACACGCUCGAGAAGCAACCUUGAAGGAAUGGGAACCUGUGCGUGCGAAUUUUCAUUCGUUUACUCGUGUAGGAAACUGUGGCUGAUGAACCAGAAGGAGCGGUGCUGCGCUUGAACCGCUUCGGGAAGUGGGCAAUGUGGAUUGGCAAUAGUCACCGCUGGAACUUUUCCAUGGAUCAAUUAUUUCAUGAUCUCAUUCACGAGUGUAAAUAUAUUGCGCCUGGAGCGCAGCUCACUUAUUCAUUGAGGAAUCGAUUGGAAAAGUACAAGAGGGAGGUGCGCAAGGAAAUUGUGUCUCGUGUCUCGAAGGAUGGAUGCACCCCUUUGUUUAUUGCCUGCAAGAGGGGCCACGUAGAGAUCGUCGAGUAUCUUAUAAAGAAAUGUGACGCGGACUUUGAGCAGAGAGGAAAGUAUGAGGUACCAGACGAUAGGUCAGUUCACUGUGUUACCCCACUGUGGUGUGCUGCGGUGUCCGGAAAGUUGGAAGUUAUAAAAUGCCUUAUAUCCCAUGGUGCUGAUGUCAAUGCGGUCUCCGAUUCUGGAUCUACUCCUGUCAGAUCUGCAUGCUUUAUGACACACAUGGAUAUUGUCUCUUAUCUAGUGGAAAAUGGCGCCGAUAUAUUAAAAGCAAAUUAUAAUGGCGGAACGUGUUUAAUAAAUUCUGUACAAAGUGUGGAGUUAUGCACUUUCUUGUUGGAACAUGGUGCGGAUGUGAAUGCCACUGACAUUCAGAACAAAACUGCCUUGCAUUAUGCUAUUCAAGAGCACAGACUUCAAACUACUAAACUACUCUUAGAACAUAAUGCGGACCCUCAUCUUAGAUCUCGUUAUAAUGAUGAUGCCCUCCAGACUGCCUGCCUUAAAGGAGCUAAUGAAAUAUUUGAUUAUUUAGUGGACAACGUGUCAUAUUCUGCGGAAAGAUUGGCAGAUGCGAACGAGCUAAUGGGAUCUACAUUUUUCGACGAUAACGGCGACACGCAUACAGCGUUGCAAUAUUGGAGGACAGCGAUGAUGCUCAGAAUGGUCAACUCGGACAACGGAGUGCCUUUGCCAAAGAGACCUGUGUUACCAAAACGCGAAGCUUAUAAAAACGCCACGGAAUUUUCGAAUUUUGAAGAGUUAAACGGUAUCUCACUUGAUUUAGAUGCAAUGAGAAUACAAAGUUUGCUAAUAUGUGAGAGAAUAUUAAGUCCGCAUCAUAAAGACACUCUCUUUCGGCUGAUGUUUAGAGGUGCAUCGUACGCGGAUGCAUUAAGAUAUCAACAUUGUAUAGAUCUGUGGCUUCGCGCGUUAGAAAUUAGGGUAGAAAAAGAUUCGAUUUUAUACACGGAUACUUGUUUUACCGCGCAAGCUCUUGUAAGGCUUAUGGUAGACCUAAAUGAGAAAUCGUUAGAAAUGAUGGAACGAGAAAAACAGAUACCGCGAUUUUGUGAUGUGGUGGCGAUAUUUAAAUUACUUUGCAGUCAAUUGACGGAAGCUAGAGAGUUGUUGGAGAAACGUCCCGUGCAUAAGAGACAAAGAGAUAGUUACGAACGUAUCCUGAAGUGUGUGACGCAUCUUAUUUACCUAUUGAUAGAAACGGCCAGUUCUGACGAGGAUAAAGCUCUAAUGUAUCAACUAGUCCGGAAUUUAGUAAAACAAAACCCAAGAUCCGUUUAUACGGAAGAUACGCUUCUCCAUCUUUGCGUUUCUAAUUUAAAUACAAUUAGUUCUAGUUAUUUUACUUCUGCCGAUGAAAUGCACGCACUUUUUCCACGUUUUGAUGUUGUUAAACUACUCUUGCGUUGUGGGGCCUUCGUCGAUGCUAGAAAUAAAUCACGGUCAACUCCUUUACAUAUAGCGAGUCAUGCAUACAACUUCCGCAAUCCUAUAGUAAAAUUAUUGUUGGAUUAUGGUGCACACUUAGAUACGCCAAAUAAGGCAGGAGAGACUCCAGCGCAACUGAUAUCCUCUAAUCCGUUAAAUAGAGUAAACCUUCUUAAUUAUACUAGCCUUCAGUGUCAAGCGGCACAAGCUGUUUGCAAAUAUGGAAUCCGUAGUACGGAACUGCCUAUUACGUUACGUUAUUUUCUAGAACUUCAUAGAGAACCUCAUAGAGAAUGAUACUGAUAAUAAUAUUCUUAAAUUAUUGGAUGUUUAUUAAAAACGCUCGUGCAAUAUUUUGUUAUAAUUCCAAAAUGUACGACAAUAUCAAAGGAUUUACAUAUACCGAUGGAGGGAGUCCGCCUCGGUGGCUUUGAUUUUGACGUAUGUUGUCAAGAUCGCGGCCCUGAGUUACCUCUACAAAAUAUUAGCCAUCGUUCAUUUAUUAAAAAUUAUUCACAAAAAAAUGUUUCAUAAAUGGAACAUUUUUUUUAUUUAAACUUCAAUUAUAAAUCUCAUUUAAUACUGUAAACAGGAGAUAGGUCACUUUUCUGGGAUGGAUGUCACUUCUCAUAGCAAAUCAAAAACCUAUAUGGAACAGAUAUAACGUGUAGGCGGGGUUGGGGGAGAGGCUACUAAAUCCUAAUUCCUUGGCAACAAUGUGGAAUGUGAAUUUAACUGUUCUUUAUUUGUGAAACUACGCUGUUUAUCAAGGUUAAGACUAGACUCCUUUUUAUCGAUAUAUUUAUCUUCACAUGUAAUAAUGAACAAUGAUGUAUAUUAAUUAUAAUUAGUUCAUACUAAUUAUAAGUAAAUCCUAGAUGGAAAACAUAAUGUUAUAAAAUUGCGAUAUUCAUGUCAAAAUCUUAAUUAUAAAGAAAGUACUAUUUUUAGAAUCUUAACUUUUGUUAAGUAUGAGAUAAACUAUCUAAAUUGUAAAUACGAUCACAUGCAACAUAAGACAUCAAAGUGAAAAGACUGAAUGAGAAAAGAAUGCUUCUAUAAAAACUAAUUUUUUCGAUUAGAUACUUUGCAAUAUCGUUUUACAUACUUCUGUAUAGUGUGUGAUCUGCGUAAUUUAAAUAUUAAGAAUUUUGACAACUAUUCUUAUUCAAGAUAUUGCUUGAAAGAAAUCUGCACUCAAAAGUUGUGAUAUAUUGACGUUAUAUUGAUUUAAAAAUAACUGUGCAAUGAAAAAAAUGAACAUUGACGUCAAUGUGAUAAAUUGUAAGAUAUAUCGAUGUCAUUCUAGCUCUUUUAGAUAUUUGGAAAUUCUUUCGAUCUUGUUUUCUUCAGAAGAUACAAACAAUAAAAAUAAAAAUAUUAGGUUAUCAAUAAAAUUUUGCUCUGUUAAUAAAUUAUUUAUUAACACCUUAGAAGGAGCUAAUAUUAAUUUUAAAACAUUUUCCAAAAUAAAUCGUAAUUUUGUGUGGUGCUCUUUUGCAAAUACGUAUUCAUAUAAUGUUUAUUUAAUAAAAAAA